AUGGCUCUGGGUGAGGCUCUGGUGCACGUGAGAGUCACUUUCCUACAGCUUGGGCUGGAUGUAUUACUGUUUUCUGGAUGGUCCCAUUCUGUACCUGCUCAAUACCACAGCCCCCCAGAAGUGGUGAUACCCUUAAGGUUAACUGGCACUAGUAGAGGCAUGAAGACUCCAGACUGGCUCUCCUAUAGCCUCCACUUUGGGGGACAGAGACAUUUUGUCCACAUGAAGGCCAAGAAGCUUUUGAUAUCCAGACACCUCUCUGUGUUCACCUACACAGACCAGGGCGCUCUUCUCGAGGACCAGCCUUAUGUGCAAAAUGACUGCUACUAUCAUGGUUAUGUGGAAGGGGACCCACAAUCCCUGGUUGCUCUUAGCACCUGUUUUGGGGGCUUUCAAGGAACACUACAGAUAAAUGAUAUGCUUUAUGAAAUCACACCCAAGAGCCUUUCUGACACAUUUGAACAUCUGGUUUAUAAGAUGGACACUGAUGAGACAGAAACCCACCCCAGAAGAUGUGCAUUAACGGAAGAAGAAAUAGCACGACAACUGAAGCUUCAAGGGCGUGAUAAAUCCAUUUCGAUGCAAAGUGGUUAUGAGGGCUGGUGGACCCACAGAUAUUUUCUUGAACUGGCGUUGGUUGUAGACCAUAAUCGAUUCCUUCACCGGGAAAGUAAUACCUCAAAUGUCAUACGGGAAGUAUUUCUCAUUCUCAACAGAGUUAGUUCCCUUUUAAUUUCACUGGAUGUUGAUGUGACAUUACUUGGACUUGAGAUCUGGAAUGAUAAAAACCCUAUGCCAGUAAAUAAUAUAGGAGACCUCCUGAGAGAAUUUUGCUCUUGGAGGCAUAAGAGCCUUAAUUCUCGUAUAAAGAGUGACCUUGCACAUCUUUUUGUACAACAUCAUUAUGGUAUAUAUCUUGGCUUGGCCUAUGUUGGAAGUGUAUGUUCUUCUCAUUAUGGUUGUGGAGUUGAUCGCAUCUUAGGAGAGAAUGUGAAUAGCUUUGGACAUACUAUCGCACAUGAGAUAGGUCAUAAUUUGGGCAUGGCGCAUGAUGAAAGUGAAUGUACAUGUGGGAAAGGAGGCUGCAUAAUGGCUCCUGUAGAAAAUAACUCCAACAAAUUCAGCAACUGCAGUUAUGCCUAUUUGAUAAAAACUAUUGGAAAGACUCACUGUAUGAACAUGCCACCAAAUCCUUUUAUGAAAUAUACAUGGGAACACUGUGGGAAUGGUGUAGUUGAAGAUGGAGAGGAGUGUGACUGUGGAUCCUUUGAACUGUGUAAAAACGAUCCAUGUUGUCAGCUAGGCUGCACUCUGAAGUCUGGUGCCCACUGUGCUUCUGGGCUUUGUUGCAAAGAUUGCCAAUUCAUGCCAUCAGGCACAGUGUGUAGAGAAAAGGGCAACGCAUGUGAUCUUCCAGAAUGGUGUAAUGGAACAUCACCCAACUGUCCAGAAGAUGUGUACCUGCAAGAUGGGAUCCCUUGCCUGGGCAGUGGCUACUGCUAUGAAAAGAGAUGUAAUAACCGUAAUGAGCAGUGCAGGCAGACUUUUGGCAUUAAUGCCAGGAGUGCACCUCAUAGUUGCUACAAGGAACUAAACACUCGUGGUGACCGUUUUGGUAACUGUGGUAUCACUAGCAAUACAUACAUUAGGUGUAAUCGCUCAGAUAUCCUCUGUGGGAGAAUUCAGUGUGAGAAUGUGACAGGAAUUCCUUUUCUAAGAGAACAUUCUACUGUGCAUCAGACUCACUUGAAUGGUGUCACCUGCUGGGGUACUGACUAUCAUCGGGGGUUGACCAUUCCUGAUAUUGGUGAAGUGAAAGACGGCACAGAAUGUGGUCGAGCACAUUUGUGCAUAAGCAGGAAGUGUGUCCAUAUGUCAAAUUUGCAAAAAAAAUGUUGGCCCACAAGUUGCAAUAUGAAAGGGGUCUGCAACAAUAAACAUCACUGUCAUUGUAACAUUGAGUGGGCCCCCCCAAACUGCCUGAUGAACGGCUCUGGAGGUAGUAUUGAUAGUGGGCCACCUCCACUCCACUUCCCAGGCCGGCACCACCAGCCCAACCCCUGGCGAGUGCACAACGGUGUGCGCGCGGGCCAGGCCUGGGACCAUCCCCAGGGCGCAGUCAGACACCGCCUACCCGGGAAAUAG